GAUAAAACAUAGACGCGCUACAGAGACUCCCACAGAAGUUACCAAGUUGUUGUUGUACUUCUAAAGUGCGGAGAAGUUUGUGAAGAAAAUCCUGUCUUCAGUUUUAGGAAUAGGAAGAAAAGGAUGACCUACUUAAAACACUUUUUCACUUUGAUCACGAUGCGAUGUUUAGUUCAGGGUGAAAUGGAGGCAAUUCGACCUGGAAAAAUGUCUGGUGUCUUUUGCACUUUUAAAGAGAAGACCUACAGGCCAGGAGAUAGCUGGCAUCCCUAUUUGGAGCCCGUUGGAUUCGUGUUCUGCAUGCGUUGUACUUGCACUGAAUCUGGUCAUGUGAAAUGCAACCCCAUCAAAUGCCCUGUCCUGCGAUGUAAAAAUCCAGUGACUCACUCACAGCAGUGCUGCCCUCGUUGUACAGAUGAGCACAGAACUCCUGCAGGUCUGCGGGCACCCAUUAAAACCUGUUGGCAUAAUGGAAGCAUAUACCAAACAGGGGAAACAUUUGCCAACCAUGAACUCUUCCCAUUCCGUCGGUCCAACCAAUGUGUCAAGUGCACUUGCUCUAAUGGAAAUAUAUUCUGUGCACUGAAAACAUGUCUGCCCAUUACAUGUUCCUCACCAGUUUCAGUUCCAGAUGCAUGCUGCUUGGUGUGCAAAGAGGGCACAAUUGACAUCAAUGCUGAAUCAUUUGGGGAUGGAGGACAACAGCUGAACAGAGGAGCUAGGCAUUCUGUGGAUCACUGUGCUGGGGAACAGGUCAGGGGUCGCUCAGUUAGGGCCACACCAUCAACAAUGCGGAGCUCUCCGAGAGUCCUCAACCUACAGACGCUACACCUUAAAGGAGCAGCAGAGACUACUGUUAAGAUUCUUCUACAGCGCAAAUAUCAGAGAGCUUGCGUGUAUAGCGGAAAGACCUAUUCCCAUGGUGACGUGUGGCACCCGGUGCUGGGGAAGGUUUUGGAGUGCAUUCUGUGCACCUGCAGGGACGGUUUACAAGAAUGCAGGCGCAUCACAUGUCCCAGUCAGUAUCCAUGCCAACAUCCCAUAAAGACAGAGGGGAAAUGCUGCAAGAUUUGUCCAGAGCUCAAAGCAGAGGGCAACAGGACAGAGUGCUACCUUGGCCAGGACAAUAGCAAUCUCCUGGUAUAUAAAGUUGAAUCCUCAUCCGCCUCUCAAUCAGAGGACAAAGUGCGGAUGAUUGCCAUCGAGAGACAGGGAGCCACAGAGGUUGAGGUGCAAGUCUGGAAAACAGUUGAAGGUGUUUUGCAUUUAAUGGAAUCAGGUGAUGUUCAAAAGAAAGACCUCAUAGAACAUCCUGAAAAUUACAUCUUACUGACCACAUUAGAUGAGGACACUUGGAGGAAGUUUAAAGAAGAGGAGGACAAGCAGAAGGACUUGAGUAAGAUUAGGAUCUGUGAAGAUGGAAUAAAGGAAGUAGUGAAGUACUUAAAACCUGAACAGCUAGACAGCCUUUGCAGGUCUUAGUCUCCUCACUGCUCUCUAACACUGUGCCAUCCCAGUCUCUGACACCCAUUUUGUUACCGAAGAACACACUCGCCCCCACACACUCACACAAUGUGCAUGUAGUACAAAACCAGAUGCUGGCAGCAGGUAGUCUAAAGAUCUCAUUUAUUACUAUGAGUCAUUUAAGCACAAGUAGUCUACUAAAUGGGCCAAAAUUGUAUGCAUUCUCCAGGAAGAAAGGGUGUAAAGCAAUCCUCAUCAUUAAAGGGUUAGUUUCCAAAAACUGAAAAUUCUGUCAUCAUUUAAUUACCCUCAUGUUGUUCCAACUCCAUAUAACUUUUAUUUUUCACAAUUUUUGUCACUUUUCACUUUCAUUUUAUUGAAAAAAGAAGCAAUGAAAUUAAAUUGUGACUGGAGCUGUCAGUCCCUAACAUUCUGCCUUUUGUGUUUCAUGGAAGAAACAAAGUAAUUCAGGUUUUGAACAAAAUGAGGGUGAGUAAAUGAUGACAGAAUGUUCAGUAAAAGGAAUAUUGCAUGUUGUUCUAGCAAACUUCCACUGCAUGUACAUAAAAGGAGAAGCAUAGGAUGAAAACAGCUUAAUGGCCAGAAUGCUUUUAUAAAGUUGACAUAGGCCACUUUUUUCCACUGUACUUAGUUACACGUCAGUCAUAUUUGUAUCAUGAAUUAACUAAAUAUACACUAUUUAUUGUGCAUUUAAAGCAGCAAACAUACUUUUCUUUGAAUAUAACUUUAAUAGAAUGUUUGUCUGCAGAAAAUGUUUUGCAUUGGCGUGCAUGUAGCAUGUAAAUUGAUCUGGUCAUGUAUAAUUCCUAUGAACUUAAUGAUCAAAAAUAUAUUGGGCUAAUGACCUGGUGUAACACUAACCAAUAUGACAUUGCAGUUUUUACAACUGAAUGUGCCAUAGCACAAGUUACAAAUCUAUUACUGGUUUUCUGAAAAGUUAUAAUGACCUAUUGUGUAUUAAAGGGAAUUCCCACUAAUGCCAUAAAUAGGUUAGAAGUUGGAAGCAAUGUGCUGUGUUAUAUGUUGAGGUUUUGCAGGUUUUAAAGGAAUAGAAAAAUGACACAAAAAUGAAAAUGAUGUCAUUAUUUUAGGUUGUUCCAAAACCUGUAUGACUUUCUUCCUUCCGUGGAACACAAAAGGUGAAUUUUUGAAGAACAUCCUGGCCACUCUUAACUGUUCUUCACACAGUCAGUAUCAUGCAGUAUGAAAACUUGUAAUAUACUGCACAAUUCAUUUGAACUACGUUUAUGGUACUUUUUUGUUUGACAGUCCAAGCUAGUGGACUUGUAUUAGCUUAUAUUACUGAUCUCAUGUGAAUUCUACUCUACGUAUGAAUGAAUCAUGAUAUAAUUGAUAACUCAUUUUAUUGCCACAUUUUUUAAGGUUUUACUUUUUAUGUAGUGCAUCCUCAUAUUUAAAUGCCCCUCUAAACAGUGUUGCCAAUGUCUGAAUGUUUGCAAACAGUGUGCUGUUGCUCUGCUGUUUCAAACUUCUUUUUGGCUUUGAGGGAAGAACCAAAGCCAAAGGGAGUUGUAAGGAAUUUAUCUAUUCUGUUUCCUUAACUGUUCCAAUUAAUGAUUCUUUGAGAACUUUUGUGGAAGAUUUUUGGGGCAAUAAGACUUUUUUAAGUUGCAUUCACUAAAAUGAAUCGCAGUUAAGAGUCAUUCGCUUGGGAGGUAGCACAGUUUUGCAGUGUAGAUUCUAAAGAACUGGCUCAUAAAGGCACCGGCAUACUUACGGCGAAAUGGUUCUUCCCUCAAAGCCAAAAAGAAGUUUGAAACA